AGGAGGGGCUGCCUGGCGCGCCCUCCGCGGCCCUGACGCGCGGGGACCGCGGCGAGCGCUGAGAGCCGCUGCCUGCCGGACGCCUUCAGCCCGGACGCGCGCACAGCUCGUCGGUUCCGCGAGACAUGGGGCUCUGCUACAGCCUGCGCCCGAGGCUCUUCGGCGACUCCGGAGGCGGCUCCAUCUCCAGCGCCACCGCCGCCGCCACCACCACCACCUCGGAGACCGAGCAACAGCCGCCGCCGCCCACGGCGGAGCCCCUGGCCCGGCCGCAGCCGCCCCUGCCCGGAGCCCCGGCCGCCGGGGGAGGAGGACGAGGAAGGAGCGCGGGGAAAAGCGGCGGCGGCAGUGGCAGCAUCUGCAGCGGCGGGGAGGCGGAAGGCGGCAAGGCGCGCGCGGUGGAGCUGGACGGGCCGCUGCUGCUCCUGCAGAACGGAGCGGGCAACGGGGCGGCUCCCGCGGAGAAGGACAAGGGGCGGCAGCGGCAACGGGGGCCGUCGCCACCCCUCGCAGCUGCCACGGCGGCGCCGCCCCAGGCCAAGCCCGAGUCGGGCUCGGCGGCGAAGCAGCAGCCGCUGGCGCUGCAGAGACCUUGGGAGAAGCUGCGCCUGGAGGAGCGGGAGGCGGAGAAGGAGGCGAGGCGCGUGAGCAAGAGCAUCGACCGAGCGCUCAAGGAGCAGAAAAGGGAAUACAAGCAGACGCACCGCCUGCUGCUGCUGGGGGCUGGUGAGUCAGGAAAAAGCACUAUUGUCAAGCAGAUGAGGAUCUUGCAUGUAAAUGGAUUUAAUUCAGAAGAAAAGAAACAGAAAAUUCUGGAUAUUCGGAAAAAUGUAAAAGAUGCAAUUGUGACCAUAGUUUCAGCAAUGAGCACUUUAAUACCUCCAGUUCCACUGGCCAACCAAGAAAACCAAUUUCGAGCGGACUACAUCAAGAGUAUAGCUCCCCUUUCUGACUUUGACUACACACAGGAAUUCUUUGAACACGCAAAAAAGCUCUGGGACGACGAAGGAGUAAAGGCAUGCUUCGAGAGAUCAAAUGAAUACCAGUUGAUUGAUUGUGCACAAUACUUUCUAGAAAGAAUAGACAGUGUCAGUCUGAUUGAUUACACACCCACAGAUCAGGAUCUCCUGAGGUGUAGGGUUUUGACAUCAGGGAUUUUUGAGACAAGAUUCCAAGUAGAUAAAGUAAACUUUCACAUGUUUGAUGUAGGUGGUCAGAGAGAUGAAAGAAGAAAAUGGAUCCAGUGUUUUAACGAUGUCACAGCUAUUAUCUUUGUCGUGGCCUGUAGCAGCUACAACAUGGUCAUAAGGGAAGACAACAACACAAACAGAUUACGGGAGUCCCUGGACCUCUUCAAAAGUAUCUGGAACAACAGGUGGUUACGGACAAUUUCUAUCAUUUUGUUUUUGAAUAAACAAGAUAUGCUGGCUGAAAAAGUCUUGGCAGGGAAGUCUAAAAUUGAAGAUUAUUUUCCUGAAUUCACACGUUACACUGUACCUGAAGAUGCAACGCCAGAUGCAGGAGAAGACCCCAAAGUUACAAGAGCAAAGUUUUUUAUCCGGGAUGAAUUUUUAAGAAUAAGCACGGCGACUGGAGAUGGAAAGCAUUACUGCUACCCCCACUUUACAUGUGCAGUUGACACAGAAAACAUCCGCAGAGUGUUCAACGACUGUAGAGACAUCAUUCAGAGAAUGCACCUUCGGCAGUAUGAACUAUUGUAAUUGAGAACACCAUGGAGCCUGUGGUUUUAAACAUCAUCUUUUUUUCUGACUUCUUCAUGUGAAGUAAGAGGGAGAUGCUAUAUAGAUACACGUCUGCCUCCUCAGUUUGUUUACUUUGAUUAGCCUUUCAACCCAGUUCAUGCUUUAUGGGACGAUGUGUGUGCUUUAUUUUUAUAUGCCACUUCUGUGUCAUUCCACUAAGGCCUUGGGCUACCUCUGUUUCCUUAGGUUUGGUUGCAUUUUUGUUUUGUUUUUAAUUGGACAUAGCCUGCUAGUUGUUUUUUCCCCCCAGCAGGUUUGUUCAAGCUGGUAUUUGCUAGUUGGGCGACACCAUGUCAUACUUGCAGUGUGCAUGGGUUUCCUUUCUACCGUGACGCUGAAGAGUACUUGAUAGAUUGGGUGGGGGGAGAAUAAUGCACUUUGUUUUAGGGUUGUGAUAUACUGUUGAGGAUAUAUACACGCGUGAUGUAGCAGCACCACAAUAUUAGUCACAGUUUUUAACAUAACUGAGUUGCAGGUCAGCUGACAAAGGUGACCUCCUCUUCUAAGCCAUUAUUGGCACAGGAAAUAGACUAGAUAGUGAGGCACAGGGAAGAUGAGCAAUUUUUCUGGAGGUUUGGAGCAAAGAGUCUCUACACACCUCAGGCAUUUGAAUUCAGAGCUACUUUUUCAGACUACUUGCAUCUAGGCAGAAAAUUCACCCUCACUUUUGUUUCUUCUGUCCACAAAUGAUCCAACUACUUUAGAUCAUUUUUGGACAACAGUCUUCUCCCUAUAUAUAAUAUAUAUAUAUAUAAUAUAUAUUAUUUUUGUUUUACUGCUGGUUUAUUAUUAUAUUGUACAGACUGUAAAGUGUAAUAUUAUUUUGUACAAUUUUAUUGAAGAUAAAUACUUGUAGAAGAUCUUUGUGCCUUGAUUAUGGCUGUACCUGUAAAACGAGCUAAGAUGUAAGUAUGUUUUUGAUUGCGCUGUACAGCUUGAUGUCAACUUUACCUGCAGCAGUGACUGAAGGUAAAAAACUUCUCUGUAGAGUUUAGGGUUUUUCUGGUUUAUAUAAAAAAAAUGCUCUUUAGUAUAAAAAAAUAUAAAUUAUGCAAAUUUUAGUCAUAUACCUUUGAAAGUAAGUUAUUACUGCCACCAGAUGUUGCAGCAAAUAUGCCUUUCUCAGUCUUAGCUUUAAAACACUGAAAUUGAUUCAAGUGUCCAAAUUGCAACCUGGUGUUUUCAUGGAAACCAAGGAUUUUGUUUUACCUUUAAAAAAAACCUAUGUUCAGUAAUUCUUUGGUCAUUCAUAGCCAAUUUCACAAUUGCAGAUUGUGAAUGUGUAGAAGCACCAUUAGAUAAAGGCUCUUCAAUCUCUGUUGCAACAGCCGCUUUCAUUGUGCAAAUUGGAAGAAAGAAGAAAAGGUUUAACCCUUGUGUCUGGCCUAAGAGAAUUACAAGAUGACAAUUUUAUUUCUCUUAAUAAAGAGACCUUAGAAAAUGGUUUUAUUUUAAA